AUGACAUCUAGAUAUUCAGCCGCCGGCGGCGCUCACCAAAGAGGAGAUUUACGCACCCAGCUAUUCAGCACACCAGGACCUCACAAUUUCACAGGCAUACGUCCACUGCGCAGUCAAACACCACCACUGCGAUCAAACAUGUCGUCUCCCUACGACCCCACACCACGGGCGUCGUCUUCCAAUGCGAAAUUUGAUGAAUCUUUGCUUUCUUCACUAGAAUCACAAAAUGAUGAAGAGUUGAAUACAAUGGGGGCCAAGAUCAACAUGUUGAAAAAUUUGGGUGAGAAAAUGGGGGUUGAAAUAAACAAGUCUGUCAAGUUGAAUGACGAAAUAACAAACGGAUUCGAGAAGGGGAAAGUUACUUUGAAAAAUACAUAUAACAAGAUGGUGGUGAUGAGUCAGCGGGCUGGAAUCAGUUGGAAAAUGUGGUUACUUGUGUUUGGCAUUGUCGUACUAUUUUUCUUCUACGUGUGGAUAACGUAA